UCAAAGAUUGAACACAGCACAAAUUGACGUAUAUAAGCGAAAAAAUGAAAUACCAUAUUAUGAUGGUGAUUCAGAAGAUGCAGAAAAUGAGAUGACACCUAGUUCUUUUUUAAUACCAGCUAAUGAAUUUUAUGAAAUAUCAUAG